AUUUUUUACUGUUAUUUGAAUUUUAAUUUCACUGAUUUUUAUUAGUAAACUUGAAAAAAUGAUGGUACAUUUUAUACAUAUGCGCUUGUAUGCGUGUACGUAUGUUAAAAACAUUUCUUUUGCAUUAUCUGAGAAUCAGCAGAUGCAAACUUUAUUAUUGAAAAUAAACAAGAUGUCUCUAUCCCUUUAUUAAAACAGAUAAACUUAUCUCUUGACAUGAUAAAUUGAUAAUGAUAUAAAAUAAAAAAAUCCCUGUCACUUAAAGAAUCAUAAAACGUAUACGAUAUUUGCUUCAAUUAAUUUGUAUACAUGAAUUACAGUUUGCGAAGGAAAUGGCAAGUAGAUUUAGUGUGGGUUUUGCGCGGAUUGAACCCAGUAAAAGACCCAUUGAGCUCUUCAUAGCAUGGCGCGAUGAAGCUACAAAAUUCCGAGCUGGAGUGGUGGAUGCCUGUUGUCUGGCAACAGUUUGCAGUGCAGAUACCGGUAACAAGGUCAGCUCGAGGAAUGUAAUGUUGCGUGAGUUUAAUGAAAACGGUUUCGUCGUCAUAACAGACGCACGUGGAAAGAAAGUCCAGGACCUGGAAAGCAAUCCAAAUGCUGCAAUGUGUUUUUUAUGGGCUUAUGAGGAUGACAGAAAACGUUAUGUUACACGACAGGUGAGGAUAGAGGGAUUGAUGAAGAAGAUGGAAAAACCGGCUUACCAGCAAUUAUAUGACAGAGAGCCGCUGUACUGCAAAAUCCGAGCUCACUUAUGUCAUCAAGAUCAACCGGCUGACUUGGAUGAUUUGAACAAGAAAUAUAAUGAGUUAAUGUCACAAGUACAAUCUGGAAUGGACUUACCGAUGCCGGAUCACGUGGUGGGUUAUCAAUUAAUACCCGAGAUGAUGGAGUUCUAUUAUGCAUGGGAUCAACUAAUCGCCGAUCGAGUACGUUAUACGAGGGAGUCACACGAAGAAUGGAAAUGUGAAAGAAUAACGGCAUGAUUUUGUCUCUAUUUUAUCGAAUUAUAUCGUUUAUUUUGUAACGUUUUAUAACGCUUUAUAAAUCAAGCCUAAUAUUACAUACUCCUUCCUUUCAAGCUCAGUAGUUUAUUUUUUAAUAAUAAAAUUUUUUA